CGGCAGCGACGCCGGCAGAGGCGCGGCAGUCUAGAACGUAUCUUCGAACUAGAACGCCGAGGGCAGAACAAUUGUGUUUUGGAUUCCUUGCCGUGCGGAUCGCAAACGCGAGUUAUGAGAAGAGCGUAGUGAAACGUACGAGAAGUAGCUAACAAGAAAAAAGGAAAAAGAGCAGAAGAAGCAACAGCACGCAGACAUAUAUAUUUUUUUUAACUGUGUUUUAUUUAUCCGAUCUAUACCAAUCGAAAUAUACACAACAAUAUAGAUUUGAAACGGAUUUUGAAAAGUGAUUUCAAAUAAACUCCAAGAGUAUCUGAGCGAGUGUGUGCCAGUGUGUGUAUGUGAGACGCGUCGCAGUCGACGUCGCUGCUUUGGGGACAGAGCUGCCAGAUCGCGAGUUAUGAAAGCGCAAGCGUCGCACGCAAGUAGCAACAACAGCUACAACAAAAGCACCUAAAACUUACUACCUACUACUACUGCAAAACCGAACACCAGCCAACACACUCUUAUAAUUGUUCUUUUUUUUUUGCUAAAACAAAAUUAACAAAAAAAUACAUACAAAACUGACCAGAAUCUUGGGGAAAAUAUCAAAAUAACUCUGUAGAGAACGCCACGAAAAUAAGCCAUAAUCAUGGAUAGCAGCAGCGAACAGUUGAACGGAUCGGGAGCUUUGAAUUUCAAGCGGCCCAAGGAUUCUUCGGAGAAUGCCACAAACAGCCACACAAACAAUGGCAAUUCUUCGGGCAGCCCCAAAAUGGGAAGUCGUCGCAUUUUCACGCCCCACUUUAAGCUGCAGGUCCUCGAAUCAUACAGGAAUGAUAAUGAUUGCAAGGGCAAUCAAAGGGCCACGGCCAGGAAAUACAAUAUUCACCGCCGGCAAAUCCAAAAAUGGUUGCAGUGCGAGUCAAAUUUGCGAUCAUCGGUGGCCAACAAUCAGCAGCAGCAACAGCAGCAGCAACAGCAACAGCAGCAGCAGCAACAGCAGCAGCAGCAACUACUCCCGCAGCAAUCGGUAUCGCCAACACCGGCGGUCAAGGUGUUCCAUCAGCUGAGCCAUCCGCUGGUGCAUCAGUUGCAUCACCAUCAUGCCGCCGCGGUGGGGCAUCAUCAUCAUCACGCCGCCCACCAUCAUGCCGCACAUCACCAUCAUGCUGCAGCAGCAGCGGCGGCAGCAGCAGCGGCAGCAGCAGCAGCAGCAGCCCACCAUCAUGCCGCCCACCAUUUGCUGGCUGCCAAUGGCAUGGUUCCACACCCCCUGGCCGCCCAUCCACACAUGCAUGUCCCGGUGGCAAUGCAUCCUCAAAUGCAGCAUCAGAAGGAGCAGCAGUUGCACCAGGAGCAGCAGCAACAGGAUCCGCAGCAGCAGCAUCAACAGCAGGAGACACCUGCAACCAUUGCCACAAAUGGCAGCAAUCAGGGACCGUCGAGUGUCCUUUCGGCGGCCAAAAUAGCCGCUGUUGUGGCCGCCGCCAUGGCCACCAGCAAUGGCAAUCCCACACCGACAGCAGCAAUCCCCGCCAGCAGCAGCAGCAGCAACACAUUGCCCAGUAGCAACAAUAGCAGUUGCCACAACAGCAGCAGCGGCAGCGGCAGCAGCAGCAACUGCAACAGCAACCAAGUGCCAAUACAAGUGCCAAUCCUGAGCGGAUCGCCGGGAUCCACAUCGUCAGCCAGUCACAUUCCACACAUGCCCUAUGCCUACCAUCACCAUCACCAUGGCUAUCUGGAGAAUCGACUGGAGGCAGUUGCCACACCAGCGCCCAUGGACCUCUCCCUCGGAUCCUCUGCCCGCCGUCAAAUGCAGUUGAACGAAAAGGAUCCGUCUGGUGUGGAUCUCACCUUCCGCAAGCGUAAGGUCAUCACUAGUCCGAUGCAGCCAGAUAAGAUCAGUAAGCUGGAGGAGGUGAUCAAGAAGGAGCCCGAAACGGAAGCGGAGAACGAGGAUGUGGAGGUGGACGUGGAUGUGGAGACGGAGCAGCCGGAGGAGCACAAGCUGCCCUCCAAACAGGUCAAGCUCUUCAAGCCCUAUUUGCUGGACGACGAUGAGGAGCAGGAUCAUCAUCAUCAGCCUCAGCAUCACCAUCACCAUCAUCACCAUCCGCAAGAGGAUUUGGAUGAGGGCGCUGCCGAGGAGGAGCAGGACGAUGAGGAAGAGUCUCGCUAUGCCGACGACGACGAGGUGGACUCCAAGGAGGCGGCCGACAAGAAACAGCGUCGCCUCAAGAAGAAGCCAGCGGCGAUCAACGAACAAAGGGAGCCCAUCAUCUGGAGCAAUCAUCCCUAUCCCGGUGGCUGUGUAUCGCCCGGCAGCUCGAUCGGCACAAGCUUUCAGUGCCCCACCAAUGUGCAACAGCAGCGGACAUUUCCCGUCGCCGGCGGGAGUCCUAAUCAGCAAUUUCAGGACAACUGCAGCUCCAGCAAAGCCACCACGCCCCUCAGCCCAUUCUCGGCGCCCGCCCUCUCGCCCACCGGCUUCUGUUGCCCCAAGGGAUCGCCCGUUUCCGGUUACGAGAGCAGCUCAUCCACCUACAGCGACAGCGGCAGCAACUACAGCCUCAAUCUCCAGCUGCAUGCCGUCUACAACGACAAUCUGAUGUACAUGCAGCAGCAGCAACAGCAGCAGCAGCAGCAACAGCAGCAGCAGCAUCACCUGCAACAUCAGCAACACCUGCAGCGCUGGCUGGAUCAGGAGUCCUUGGCCAAGCGACCCCUGAUCCUCGUGGCGGAUUCUGCGCCCACAAACCUGACCCUGGUGGCCUAAGAACACUCACUCACACACACCCACACCCACACACCCACACACACAACAAACAACACACACACACAAUAGAAACUAAGGAAGCAGCAAUCCCACCAAUCGGAUGUUAUAAUGGCAGUCACUGGGCCUGGCCUUUUAGUUCUCUAAGCCAUAUUUAAGCUUAAAACGUUUUUUUUUAGCCCUACCACCUAAGUUUACCUUAACAAAAAAUUGUACAUCUAAGCGCAAACAUAUAUCUUCCAAGCAUAUCAGCAAAAAAAAACCCCAACCCUAGGAAUAGAUCGUUUUUUUUUUGGCUACCUACUAAGAACAAAUUAAGCUUAAGUUCAGUUUUUUCUUUUUUUUUUUCCUUGUAUUAGCUUGUGUAAAUAAUUGUGUACAAAAAGUAAAACAAGGCGAAACAUUUGAAUUUGCUUAAGAAUUUCAUCGCUUCAUUUCAUUUGUAUAACGUGUGGGAGAGUAUAUUAAGAGAGAAAAUGUGAAAAAUGCAACUGGAAAAACUGAGAAAAUUGUUAAGAGUAAAGCUUUAAAAACGAAACAAAUACACACCUUUACAAUACACACUUUUUUAUUUGGAAAUUGAAAAUUCUUGUGAUAUGACAACAAAACAA